UAUACAAAAGUGCUGGCAAUAUUAAUAUUCAUUAUAAAUUAUUAUAUUUUCAUAAAAAAAAUCCGUCUCGUGAUAGUUGAUAGCUUUAACAUGUUGUCGUGUGGUAGAAUAGGUUUCACAUCCAUUUGUUAUAAACUUUCAUAGCCGAAUAAAGAUUCACGGAAGAUAAAAAUAAAAGAGAAACAAAACUAGACUCCUAGGAAAGGUAGAAUUAUUAAAAUUAUCAAUAGAUAUGUGCCAGUAAGUGGAAAAUACUAUCGAAAUGGAUUUCACCAAUCUGUUCUCAUAUUUCUAGUGAACACGUCAUUCAUUUAUAACGUCAUCAAUUAUGUCAAAAUAUUUUAAAUUACAAAGCCAUUAUUGUCAAAAAAAACCUUUUGUAUUUGUUUAUUCGAUACUAAUUCAAAUAUAACAUUUAACCUGUAUUGUACUUCUCUAACAAUGUUUUGUAAAAAACGCCAUAAAUCUAUGCUAUCGCGUGACAUUUUGUAACCCAAUGCACGCAAAUACAAACACGAAAUCGUUUAAGAUUUGCUCAUUUUUAUCCCUGACCAUCACUACUUCAUUUACAUCAAAUAUAAAUCUAGAUAAUUUGAUAAAAAAAAUAAUGAAAAAAUGUGUAUCAGUCAGGUUUUUGUGAUGCUUCUUAUCAAAUAAAUAAACCAGUUGAUAAAUAAAUAAACAACAUAAAAUAAGUCUAAAGAAGUGUUCGUCCAUGCCUAUUAAAGAAAUUUCCUGCAUUUCAGUGUUUAAAUAAUAAUCACCAUUAUUGGCACUAGGAAUAUAUAUAUAUAAAUCGGAAAGCAAUACCCAUUUUGUUCUCACGAACAUGUGGAAAAUUAACAAAUAUUGUCAAGAUAUUUGACAUAAAACUCUGUCAGUGUUAACACAUACAUUUCCACUCUUUUUAGAAUAGCGUGUCCAAUUUGACUGAUGUACGUUGUCAUGUGAACGCGUAGGUUUAUUUUUACAAAAAUGUACGCACAUCCGUCCAUACUUUUUGUGUACACGUAGUGCACACAUACUAAAUACACUGUAGUACUACCAUGUUAAAGGUACAUCAAAAUAUCUUUUUACGAUUUCGAAAAAGAAUAGAAUCUAUUCUAAAUCCGAAAUUAAAAUAAAGAAAGCUUCGCUAUUUACUUUAUUUUCUUUUCGAUUGAAAGUUGAUAAGAGGGAGGUUUAAAAAAGGACAAAAAAUACAAGCGAAAAACGGAGAAACGGGAAAUCUAUCUGGCUGUACAUGUGGAUAAUGAUAAAAUGGCGAAGAUCAUUGGACAGAUUUAUAAACGACAUAGUGACGUAAUUAAAAACAGUUUAAAGUUACAAAGUGAACAACGACUGUACAGGAGAUAUAGUUCAGUGAACUUGUAACAAAUUUUCACAAAAUACUGGAAACCCUAAUAUCAGAACGGAACACCGUAAUAUCAGAACGGAACACCGUAAUAUCAGAACGGAACACCGUAAUAUCAGAACGGAACACCGUAAUAUCAGAACGGAACACGAUGGUUUUGUUAAUGCUGAAGACAUUGUUAUAUCUGCUGCAUUAGCCAACAUAGACUUACCAACGAUGUUAACAUAAAGUAAAGAUUUGGAGACCGAUAGAAACGUUUAUGGAAUCCUGGUGCUUGCUUGCAUGCUUUUCCCCACUCGUGAUGGCUUGAUGAAGGCAAAGGACACCUGGUAAAGAUUGACACGGAUUGGUGGAUUAUAUCUUGUCAUGUGACUAUUGGAGCCAAUGAUAAAAGAUAUUCACAGGGUGCCCCAUGUCAACCGAAUCGCUGGUGAGAGGCGCAGCAGACGUAGAUACAUACGUAGCUGGGUGGCGGGAAUAGCACGCGCAGGUGACAGCCAGGUAUAUUGAAUUGCGGUGCGGGUUUCCACUGUCUCCAGCCGUAGACUACCACAAUCAGGAUGUAAAACCUAUCCGGGAACAAGAGACCACAACCAAUUGUUGUUUAAUUUAAGUCAAGAUUACAAACAGAAAACUAAACGUUAGAUUGAAUACAUUCUGCCAUUAUGGGUAAACAAGAAAAGGGAGGAUGGUGCCGGACCAUAAUGAAGAUUAUGUUCUCACACAUUGGGCUAUGUGGUCUGGUAGCCCUUUAUUGUGCCGCGGGAGGAUUCAUCUUCGAACACCUUGAGAAAUCCAACGAAGAACAGAUUUGUUAUGACACAUACAAGGAAUACAACGCCAUGGAAAGUGAAUCGCUCUCAAAGAUAGAACAAUUAGUAGAAGACUACGAAGGAAACCCGGACAAGUCCACACUGAAGUUUCAACUGCAGGGGAUUCUCCAAAUCUACCGUGAUAACAGUAUAAACAUUGGUUAUGACGGUGGUAACUGCUCUGCGUACGGACUGGAGGACGGACCCAAAUACAAAUGGUCUUGGUCAGGAGCCUUCUUCUUCUCCGUCACUGUUAUCUCAACCAUUGGAUACGGUCAUAUAGCUCCGAAGACGUUUUGGGGAAGACUGGUAUGCAUAGCGUACGCUGUACUCGGUAUACCGUUGAUGUUGCUUUGUCUUGCUAACAUUGGCGACGCUUUGGCGGAUGUGUUCCGUUUUAUUUAUGCUAAGAUAUUCUGCUGCGGUUGGUGCAGGAAGAAGGAAAAAACCAGUAAAGUGGUCAAGAUCAAACCGACGGAAAGCGAGCCACCAAACUGGAGCGAGAAGUCACGCAUAGUCAGGAACCCACAAAACGUCCGCUCAGAACCCCCGAGUAUCAAAGAUAAACUUGAUAAGGUUGACGAACAAAAUGACAACGGCGUGAAGAUUGUUCCAGUGAACAUGAAGAAUACCAGUUCGAGAGUUCAGCAAAGGAGCCCGCCACCAAAGCAGGUCGAUUAUGACAGCGAUUCUGACGACGACGACGAUGACGACGAUGACAUCGACAGCAGCAUCACAAUUCCGUUAACAGUGACCAUGGUUGUCAUAGGAACCUACAUCUUUGGUGGUGCAGUGUUGUUUGGGCUAUGGGAAGGCUGGGAUACGCUCCAAUCUUCAUACUUCUGCUUCAUUACCCUCAGCACAAUCGGCUUCGGUGACGUAGUUCCGGGAACGGAUUUCGACAAUCCAAGAGCGCAUGCUCAACUUGUCCUGGGCGCUAUAUACGUCAUGUUUGGAAUGGCUAUUCUGUCCAUGUGUUUCACACUUAUGCAGGACGAGAUUAUCUCCAAAUGCAAGUGGAUUGGACAAAAACUUGGCUUGGUUGAUAAAGAUGAUGAUUCCGACUGAGACAGAAUACCAGCUAUCGUACAGCGAACAAGUGUGUGACCUUGUGUCCCUCUAUUUAACAAAAAAGUGCCAUUCGUCGUUCCUAUACAAAUAUUUUUAAUUUUAUUUAAGCCUUAAAACUUGUUAUUCUUAAGAAAAUUAAAUACGAAGGAGUAUUGCCUAAAUGAAGACACCAUGUCACUAUUAUGAAUAAUUCUUCUCAUAUAAUAAUACUUUUUGGAGUAAAUGAAAUCAGCGUAUCUAUUAGUUGGAGAGUAACACUAUCGAUGUAGUGAAGUUGAUCCGUCCAUUAAAUAUUUAGUAUCGAGUUUUUCGCAUCCGAACGUAAUGGAAUUCAGAUCGAUGACAUUGCAACAAAAACGCUUUUAACUUGUUUUCCUCAAAUUCAAUCGGAAAUGAGAAAUGUAAACUUGUUUUACAACAUUUUCGAAACAAGUUAUAUCAACUUAUAUCAAUCGCUAUUGUUGACCCGGAUAAAAGCGCACGAGGAAGUAAACUGGAAUACAUGUAUACCAGCAGACUAGGUGAAAGGCAAGUGUGUUACCACUGAAAAACCGCUCAAAACCGGAAAUGUAUCCUUCACCAAUGAAUGCAAAAAGAGAUACAGCAAUCUUUCAUCGACGAACACCCCACACCGAACGUAUUUUCAGCGCUACAGAGAAAAUAUGCAUUUUGGAUUAUUCAACUUUGGCUUUUCGACAAAACGUUAAAAUGUAAACCUUUAAUAUAAAUCUUUGAGCUUAUUUUGAUCCGCUGGACAUGUUUUCGAAUGUAUUAUUACAAAUGGUAAUAAAUACAACUUUGGUGUUCUAGAUAUGUGCAUUCAUGAGGUAUCCAUCUUCCGUUUAAGUCAGCGGAAGUGAAAUGACUGAAUCUGGUAUCCACAAUUUGUAUGUUUUGUCCUUGGUGUUAUGAAAUAGACGGUUUUAUCUGCUGAAAAGGUAUUGUUAUUUGGUUACUUUUAUAAAUACACGUACAUUUGUUUUACUUGUUAUAAUCAAGCCUGAGUGUUUCAUAUAUAAUAUUUUGCUGCAAUAGAUUGUCUUUCUAUUUCUGCUGACCUUAGAUAGCAUCAUAGAAAAGUUGUCUUCAUAUAAUUCAUUAUAUAGCCUUAAAUGUUUACUGGAGAAUUUUUCUCUUUUGGUUACUCGUCAAUGGCCUCUAAAAGUAUAUUUUUGCAAUGUUCCCUUGUUCCUAAUUGAAAACUCAGAUAGUUUUUGACAAUAUGUAUAUUUGUUGCAUAUUAUAUGUUUUGGAAUUACGUUAGUUCGACGGAGUUUUAAUCAAUUAAGUAUUUUGUAUAUACGUGUUGAAAUGUUUUCUCAUUGUAUUAGUAUACUGUGUUUCGACAGAAGCUUGAUUGGCAUUGCAACAAGGGCAUUUGGUGAAACUGAUAACUAAUUAAUUAUUUCAUCAAAUCUAGUAAUUUGUUUGUGACAAUUGGUUUAAUGUAUAAUCUUUAUUCUUUUCCAUUUUUAUUUGAAAGUAUUGGGUAAAUUGUUUUUAAAAAAUAUUUGCAUGCAUUCUAGUGAAUUAAAUCAAGAUUGUUAUAUUUUACUAAAUAGGAUCAUCUUAUUUUAGUGUAUUAUUAAGAACCAAGAAAAUGUCUAUUCUUUAAAGACAAAAACUAAAAGGAAUAUUAUAAAAUACAGCUUAAUGACUAUACAUGUUAAAGUCUACUCGUGUAAAUAUUUCAUACGUAUGUAGAUACUGUACAGUGAUUUAUAUAGAGAGAGUGACGAUGUACCAAUGAUGACUGGUGUUAAGAGUUGUUUACAUAGAUUUCCAAUGUUAGUUUUGUUUUGUGCUCAAUAUUUUCGGCAUUUUUCAAUAUUGUACAUUUUUUCUCAUUUUAAGUUAAAUGUUGUUUUAUUUCAUCUUUAUGAGAAAGUAUUCAAUGUCAUAUUUAAAAGUUUGAAAAAAAUCUUCAAAUGAAACUCAAAAUGAAGGUAAUAAUAAUGCUUUUGUUAUAUAAGAAACUUUUGAAAAUGUUUUAAUUUUUUCACCUGAAAUCUCUUCUUUCUAUUAACACUGAAAACCAAAAUAACCUAUUUAUGUCAAUCUAUUUGAUAUCUAAUUUCAAUCCUUUGUCUUUUUAUGUGUAUAUAUCGAACAAAAUAGUUUAUUGAUUUAGGUCGCAUUAACAAUAUAAAUCCUAAAUAUCCAAAGUACAUUGCGUAACAUAAAAGGAAAAACAUUGUUUUGCUAUCCCGUCACCAUUGAUGAAAUAAUAUGAACUAAUACACCUAACUAGCAUAGCUUGGCAAUUUUAUCCUCUUUAAAGGAAGGGGAAGAUUAAACAAACGAGAGAUUUAUUAACACAUUAGAUGUCAAUGGAGAUAUGUGUUAACUUACCAUUUUUGGUGCAAUAAUUCAAUUCAAUGUUAAGACCUAGAAGCCCUUCGUGUAGCACGGUUUCAGGAUAGUGCUUUUUGUUUAUCUUUAAAUGACAAAAAAAACCGGAUUGAUAAAGGAAAAAUCUUAAUUUCAUAUUCCAAAAUACGUCAUUUAAUGAUUGUUUUAUAUGUCAAAGAAUAUUUGGAAUGGCAACAACAAAAUAAUCACAUUAUUAUUUUAUAUAGUACUUCGUCAAAAAGUAAAAAUGUCUUGUUAAAAACAUUUUUCAAAUUAUAUUAAUAUUAAUUUUCGGAUUACCAAUCGUUAUAUGUUAUCCGUCCAAGAAAAGUAAUAUUAAGAGAGCAUUCCACAGCAAGCAUGUUUACCACAAUCCGUAUUCCCUAUAGCGGCGACAUAUUGGAAACACUUCAAAUGAUUAUGAUUAACUCUCAUUCAGUUGAGGAUGUAAAGUUAUCAAAUUUAUCGAAAGAGUAGUCUUUAUGUUUUAACAAAUAUGUCUAUAUCAGGAUUUCCGAAUUAAUUUGAUCUCAAUAAACUUUUUUUCUAACUUGUGUAUCUCUCAUUUAUAUACAUAUUUCAUUUAUUUAUUUAUCUAUAUUUUUUGCGACUACAAAUUGAUACACGAGAUUUAGAUCUAUUUUACCAGGCCUUUUUAGACUUUUAAAACAUUUCCAAUCAAUUGUUAAAUCUUAAAAAAUGUCGCGCUAUACGGUAUACAGAUUGUACUGAUGGUAUACAACAAUAUAUAUUUCGCUAUAUGGUCGACAGUAAAAUCUCGUUAUGCUGCCACAAUUUGCCAAAUAUUUUGGUUUUACAAACGGUUCAACAAAAUACCUAGGAAAAGAUAAAAUGAUUUCGUGGGUGACACAUGCAACGUGCGUAAGAAGGAAAAGUUACAGUAAACUAAAUAAAUUACAUCAGAGUUAUAUAUAUAGUCCGUCAAGGAAUUCUCAAUGAAAAGGACAAAAUUAUAGAAAUUCGGAAAAGAAGUAACGAUUGGAAGUUACUAAUUGGUUCAAAUUAAUUUUAGAUACUAGCAGUGCAUAAAUACAAAUCAAGUGGCAUUGUUUCGAGGUAUUGCUAAGUUAACCUAUAGGGGUCGGUAUUAUAUACUGACAUUGCUGAUGAUCGCGCGGUCUGUGAUAUUAUAUGUUCUUUUAUCUGUGUUGAAAUAAAAUGUGUUAAAGUAGAA